UCUGAAAUUGUUUUUGAGUUAUAAGCACUUAGAGCUAAAAUUAUGGGUCAUGCUUUUGCACCAUCAUAAAAAUGACCACAACUAGUUUACUAAUAGUUGGCCAUUUCAUACCAUUACUGUAGCAUCAACUGAAAAAAAGAAUGGUGGUAUUUAUCCAUCAAGAAGACCUGUUGAAAAAAUGCUGGAAACUAUCACCUUAAUUGUAAUCAGUUUGUUUUGUUGUGUUAGGGUCGCUGUGUUUGGCACAACCCCAUAGAAAAACCAGAAGAUGAUUUUGAAGAAGAAGAAGAGGAAGAAGAAAGAGAAGAUGUAGAGGAACCAAAACCAGAAUCAGGACCACAAUUAUUAACUUCCAUCGCUGAGGAUGAACCUGUAAACGGAAUGCCUGCUUGGACUCCCUAUGUCUCAUCAGAAUUGCUACCUCAGUAUGGCCUUGCUGUCAUGCGUUCCAACAGGUGGCCUGGUGCAGUUGCCUUUGCAAAAGAUAGGAAAUUUGAAAACAUCUAUGUUGGAUGGGGCCACAAAUUUGAUGCUGACAACUACACCCCACCUCCACCCCCUGCAGCCAUGGAGGAGUACCCAGUGGUGUCCGAAGUAACAGAAGUUGAUGACCCAACGGUAGAGGAGGAGAGGGCACUCAAGAAGGCACAGGAAGAAGCUAUGGAGGCAGCUGAAGAUAUGGAUGAUGUAGAUGAUGACGAAGAUGAUGAUGACUAAAACUGAAUUUAUUAAUAGAACUUGUGUAAACACAUCCAAGUGAAGGGUUCUUUUAGUACAUUCUUGUGGAAUGCACAGACCAAUAGCAGUACACAUAAAAUCUGUAUAUAUAACCAACAAUGUAUAUGGUGUCUUCUCUUGCCUUGUAAAAUAAACUUAUGUUUCCAUCUCUA